AUGGCACAUGCAAAUAAUAAGGGUAAAGUUUGUGUCACUGGAGGCACAGGUUUUCUUGGUUCAUGGCUCGUCAAAACACUACUUGAGGAUGGUUACACUGUUAACACCACUGUUAGAUUUGAUCCAAACAUAAGCUUCCUCACAAAGCUAUCAAAAGCAUCAGAAAAGCUAAAAGUGUUCAAUGCAGAUUUAAGCAAGCCAGAGAGUUUCAACGAAGCAAUUGAAGGUUGCAUGGGGGUAUUCCACGUGGCAUCACCAAUAGACUUUGCAGUGAAGGAGGCCGAAGAAACAGUGACAAAGAGAAGCAUUGAUGGAGCCUUAGGGAUCCUAAAAGCAUGCAAGAAUUCAAAGACAGUGAAGAGGGUGGUUUACACUUCAAGUGGCUCAGCUGUUUGCUGCAAAGAAGAAUCUGAGGAGGAGGAGGAGGAUGGUUUUGAUGAGAGCAGUUGGAGUGACGUGGAGUUUCUUAGGAAAUUCAAGCCGUUUUGUUGGUCCUAUGCGGUUUCAAAGACAUUGACGGAGAAAGCUAUGCUUCAGUUUGGAGAAAACAAUUAUUUGGAAGUUGUGUCUUUGGUUGCUCCUCUUAUUGUUGGACCAUUCAUCUCUCCAGAGCUUCCUGAUUCGGUUGAGAAAGGACUUGUUUUGGUGUUAGGUAAGAAGGAUAAAAUUGGGAUUACACGUUUCCACAUGGCGCAUGUUGAUGAUGUAGUUAGAGCACAUAUAUUCUUGCUUGAGCACCCUAACCCUAAAGGGAGAUAUAUUUGCUCACCAUUUUCCAUAGAUAUUCAAGAAAUGGCUAAAAUUCUUUCAGCCAUGUACCCAGAAUUUGAAAUACCAGCAACACAUGAGCUGAAGGAAAUUAAGGGGUUCAAGCUACCACGUCUAAUCUCAAACAAACUCAUAGAUGCUGGAUUUGAGUUCAAGAAUAGCAUCGAGGAUAUGUUUAAGGAUGCAAUUGAAUGCUGCGUGGAUAAGGGAUUUCUUUGA